AUGCCUACUCUUGAGGCCACCGCAUCACCCAAAUAUAACCUUGGGACAUAUUUGGCAUACAGACUGGAAGAGAUCGGGGCUAGGGAUUACUUUGUUGUUCCCGGAGACUUCAACCUAAUUCUCCUCGAUCAGAUAUUGAAGAAUGAUAACCUGCGAAUGGUGGGCUGCUGCAAUGAGUUGAAUGCCGGCUAUGCCGCCGAUGGCUACGCACGAACGUCCUCGAGCAAGGUGGCCGUCGUCUUCGUCACCUUUAUGGUUGGAGGCCUGUCGCUGCUGAAUGCCAUUGCAGGCGCAUAUUCAGAGGGCUUGCGAGUCAUUGUGGUAUCUGGAGCCCCUUCAUCGCAUACGUAUGGCCAGGACAGUCUGAUCCAUCACACUACCGGCCUGAAAGAUCAAGACCAGGCGCUUCGCAUGUUCGAGCAAGUCACCACUGCCUCUGUUCGGCUCCAACGCGGCACCGAUCCUUCCUCUAUCCUGGACCAAACGCUUAUUCAAUGCCUUGUCGACUCCCUCCCCGUUUACAUUGAGAUACCGAGCGACAUGCCCGAAGACCUCUGUUACCUCCCGGGGCCUCUCCCUCUCCCACGGCCCCUAAUGCCCGUCCUCAACAAUCUACAAGAUGCCUUUACCCUAUUCAGCACGUAUUGGCAAACGACUCAGAACCUCAUGAUCAUCGUGGUUCCCUUUGCACGGAACUCUCUUACCCGCAACACCCUGAUCUCCCUCAUUGAAAAACUGGGAUGCCCAGUAUUCUGUCAGCCCGAUGGCAAAUCCCUAAUCCCCGAAUCCCACCCUCAAUUCCAGGGAACAUUCUGGGGCAUGGCAUCCGAUCCUGCCUGCAUGCAGAAGGUAAUGGAAUCCGACUUAUGGGUAGGCAUCGGCACCCGCUGGGAACAACACAAUCCUCCUAACGUCCCCAUAACCACAUCAUCAAUCCUAGACGUAAUCGAAUCCAUUCUCCAACCCAACGAUACCCUCAUCGCCGAAGCCGGCGACAGCUGGUUCAACUCCCAGACAAUCCAUCUCCCAGACGGAGUCGACUACCAAAUGCAAUUGAUCUACGGUUCAAUAGGAUGGAGUCUCCCUGCCACAUUAGGAUGUCAGCUAGCUCUUUUUCAAAUGACGGCCCAGGAACUGAGCACGAUGAUUCGACUGAGAAUGAAGUCUGUUAUCUUCAUAUUCAAUAAUUUGGGAUAUAGAAUCGAGAGCGCAAUCCACGACGGUCCCUACAACUACCCCAGCAACUGGAACUACUCCCUCCUCGCCUCCUCCAUGAGAAACAUCUCCCACAGCCCCGGAAACGGGAAUAAAUACCUCACCGAGCAGGAGAAAAAGGACCAACACAAUCCAGCCCUCGUCUCCAUGCGCAUUAAAACACAGGGUGAUUUACUCAUCGCCUACGAGCGAAUCUUAUCCGAGACGGAGAAAUUAUUCCUGUUGGAAUGUUGUAUCCAUCCUUGGGAUAUUAGUGAGGGGUUGAGGAGGUUUGGUAGGCAAGUUGGGGGAUAG